AUGACUUUACAUCAUACUUGUUCACCACAGCCAUCAGUCGAUGCUUCAUGUACACCACCUGCAUCAAAGAGGUACUCAUUAAGUCGUACGGAAACGAUCAGAGUUAGGAAACUAAGACGCCGGUCGCCUUCUGAUUAUUCUCCAGGUUCACUAUCUCGAUCUUCUAGCCAGAGAAGGGCCGUGGAUUCACUUUCCAAGCAGCAUAUGGCACUCAGAUAUUAUCCAACAAGGACAUUAAGUGGGCAUCAACAGUCUUCAAGAUGUUCAAGUUCAAAUAGUAUGGCUUCUGAAUCUCCAUUUUCUCCAGUUCCUUUACAAUUACGAACCACUAGCAGUGUUAGUAGUACUAUUAUUUCCUCAGUCAACACACCAUCCAAAUCAAAUCCCUUGAACAGCUAUCAGGGUCAUACAACACUUCCAUCGCGUAUGUUACCUAAUAAUAGAUCCUUUCUUGAGGAUGAAGAAGAUGAUAUCAAGGAUGUGAGAUCUUCAGAGGACCAAGGUGACGUUAGGAACUCCAACUUUAGUUACUUCGAUUCAUUUUGUACGACUUUAAGAUCAAAUUCACUGCUUCAUUCAUCUCCACCUUCACCAUUACCAUCUCCAAACUCAUCACCAUUCACAUCACCGUUAAAUAGGGUAGAAGAUGAGUCUCCGGUAUCAUCAUGUGAAAGUUCACCAUACGGGGCGAAAGUUUUCGGACACAGUCAGCUUCCCAAAUUUCGCCCACUCUUUGCAAGUGAUAUCCAUCAUGCGAAAAGAAAUUUACUUUCAGAUCUCAUGACUGAUAUUGAUGAGACACUGACUAUUGUACCACAGACACAGAAACGAUCAGCAGCGGAUAAAGUUUUCAGCAUACCUGAAAUCUUAGAAAUCAUUCUAAAAUAUACCGGAUCUGAUGACCAAAACAAAAUUCCGAGGGAACACACUCUUACAAGAAGACCACCUCAAUCAUACCGGCAUGCAGUUCUAAUACAUGGGCCCGAAGAAGGCGCAAAAGUGUGGAGAAGAUCAAUUUCGAAUUCUUCUAUUUCAUCGUGCAUGAAUCCACGGCAUUGCAAGAAGAUAAGACAUGCAAACUUAUACAAUUGCAUGCUUGUGAAUCAUCUUUGGUUUUCAGUGACACGUGAAAUAUUGAAUGAAAAUGUUUUCUUCGAGUCGGACAAUGAUUUGGCUAAGUUUUGUACUACAAACAAAUCUCCAAUACGUUGUAAAACAUUUGUCCUUCAUAAAUUAAGGGCCACAACACAAUACGAUGUCGAUUGCAUAGCGACAAAUAUCAAUCCAAUAAAUUUGAAGUGGGUCGAAUUCUACAUAUGCCCCAAAUUACUUCCUCCUCCAUCUCUCUUUACACCUGCGAUGAUAAAGCUUUCACUUCCAGGAUGUCGAUGUCUUUCAGAUGACAAUCUUAUUGAGAUAGUGAAAAGGACUCCAAACUUAAAAACCUUAGAUCUUAGAGCCUCUGAGAUGAUUACAGAUGCAUCUUUAUAUCAAGUGGCGCAGAAUUGUCCACAUUUGGAGACUUUGAAUGUUGGCAGACAUUUAAAAGGUGAUCUGGUUUCGGAUUACUCUAUUUGCCCUUUAAUUAGAAAGUGCCAAAUUAAAACAUUGGGAGUAGCAGGCUGCGGAAUAAGCGAUCGAACAAUUUGGGAAUUGGGGCUUUUACGAGGAGAUCUGCUGGAAAGAUUGAGUGUUAACCACUGUAUGAAAUUAAGGGACGUAGGAAUAUGCCAGGCGCUAAGAAGGGACAUUUUUAAGAGAAUGUCCGUGUUGGAGAUUCGCGGAGUAAGAUUGAACGACUUCAGGGCAAUAGUAGAAUUUAAGAAAAGACAACUCAAGAGAAACAUAGCAGUUUUAAUUGAGACUUCCGAGUAUUUAGAAGCACGGCUCAGAGACACAGAGCUGCAAAUGGAUCUGGAAAUAAGCAACAGAAUAUUUAGUGAUAUUGUUGAUUGGUUAAACGAAGAUGAGGAUGAAGAUGAUAGAAACUAUGAGCUGUUUAAAGAGAGGCGUCAACAAAGAUUACAGCAUAGCGACUGA